AUGAACUUAACAUUAUUCAUAGUAUUGACGGUACUGGGUCUCUGUCAGGCCUUACCUAUUGACAACAGUACCGGUAGUAACAACAGUGCGUUCAAUGUGUUGGCCUUUUGGCAGACAACUGGAGACGAAGCGCACACCAGUUUCUACAAUGAGGCCAACCGAUGGUUUCCAGAGCACGCCUCGGCCAACGGCUAUACCUAUCGCAGUACUAGUAAUUGGGAUGAGCUAUACAAUCUGAAAAACUAUCAAUUGGUACUGUUUCUCGACGACGUUCCCUACAGUAAUGAACAGAGACAACAAUUACAACACUGGUUGGAACAGGGAGGCGGACUGUUGGCUUUUCAUGUGUCACUGUUCAAUCAAAACCCAUCCAAGUGGUCAUGGUUUUAUAAUACACUGUUCGGUGCCGGUUCGUACGUGAAAAACACGUGGUGGCCAACCAAAGCCACACUACAUGUGGACAGUCCCCAACAUCCGGCAAUGGCUGGCAUUCCCCAAAAAUUUGAAGCCUGUGUUAAUGAAUGGUACGCCUGGAGUAAUGAUCUGCGAAAUAAUCAAAACAUUGAAAUACUGGCCUCAAUUGAUCCGUCGAGUUUUCCGUUGGGUACCGACCCGUCCCAGACCUGGCACAGUGGCUAUUAUCCGGUUAUUUGGGCCAACAAACAUCAUCGGGCUAUCUAUAUGAAUGUGGGACACAAUCUCAUGGAUUACGGCAAACAUCAGACCAAGUCGUCGACAUUUGCCAGCGAAACACAAAAUAAAUUUUUAUUUCAAGCAAUGAAAUGGGCGGCACAUCAAUAA